UGGCGGGAGACCACGCCUACAUGCUCUCUCUGACUGCACAGACUCCUCUUCCCACGCCGCUCGCUUGACCGCCCGUCCGCCACAUUGGCUUCCCGACUCGUCGCCACCGGGCGCAUAACGACCGUCACGACCCAUCGCGUCUUCCUCUCGUCACGCACAGCUGCAGCAACUCUCCACUCAGCGCUCUCGCACAGACGGUCUAGACUCACACGCGACUUUGCUUCCUCGGCAGCCCGGCCGUCGGCCACCCUCAUUGAGGACCUGCAGCGGAAGAAGAUCAGGAAGACGCUCGGCACCUUCAUCGACCGCAAGCGGGCGCCCGAACGCGAGCCCGAGCGACACGUCCUGCUCUGCGAGCUGCACGACGCGGCCAAGGGGACCGUAGUGGAGACGCGAGCGCCGCCCCGCAACGGGAAGCUCGUCUCAGGCGACAUGUCGUCGAGCAUCGAGUUCAUCACGACGCCGACCGCCGACACGCCGGGCACGACCAUUAUCCUGCGCACCCAGAACAGCAGCCACUAUGUGUUUGGCAGCCAGGCCGAGGGCGUCCAGCGCGCGCUCGUGCAGCAGGGGACGCGCCUGCUAAAGGUCAAGGACUUCUUCCUGACGGGCAGGACCGAGUGGCGCAACGUCGGCGGCAUGGCCGGCAUGAUGCUGACCAUGACCGACGCCACCUCGACCUCGUACGCGCAGGUCCUGGCCACGUGGGAGAAGGCGAGGGAGCGCGGCAGCAAGGCGGGCAAGUCCGAGCCGCCGGCGAAGCCCCAGUUCAACAUUUACGGCCCGCCCAACCUCAAGCACAUGUUCGCCACGUGCCGACGCUUCAUCUUCCGCAAAGGCGUGCCCAUCCACGCGACAGAAUACACGGCCACGUCGCCGUCCAAGGCCGCCGACGGUGCUCACGUGCCCUCGUUCCAGGACGACUUCCUCGAGGUGUGGGCGCUGCCCGUCACGCCUCUGCGUCGAGAGAUGGACGCACAGGCCAACGCCGACCUGGACGAGGAGAUUCGGCGCUGGGAGCUGAGCGGCAACACAUUCGAAGAGCACCAGGCGCCUGAGAACGAGACGCCCGAGGAGCGCCAAGCCCGCCACGACCGCAUCCGCAGCGUGACGGUGAAGCACAUGUUCGACUCGAGCUGGAGCUUCGACACCCUCGUCGAGCGACACAUCUCCGACGUCGAAAUGCCCACGGCCCUGUUCGUGCGCAACGCAGACUCGACGGGCUUCAAGCCGUACACGGGCCCGAAGCCCGGCGGGCCAGAGCCCCUGCCAGACACGAUGGUGUGGACGCGCACGCCCUGGCCUGGAGCGAAGAUCAUGUCUCUGCCACCGACCAGGCCGGCGCCUGAGUGCAUCUCGUACAUUGUACGCACGUAUCCCGCUCGCGGCUCGUUCGACGUCAAGCGUGCGACAGAGCUCGGUGUGAAGAAGGGGCCCGACUAUGGAAAACUCAGCAGGGGCGUCUCCGUGCAGAACGCGAGUGGAGAGACCAUCACCCCGGAGCAGGUGCUUGGCCCAGACAGACCUGGUCAAGGCUUCGCUCUGCUCGACAUCCCUUCGGUGGAAUACCUCGAGGCUGUCGUUGAGCGUGACGAGUUUCAGUCGCCCACCCUCAUGACAGGCAUUGAGGCUUUCAUCUGGACGCUUGGUGCGGGGGUUGCGGGCCAUCCCACCCUGACCAAAUUUAUGGAAAGGUUCAGCGCCAUCAGGCACAUCAUCUCGUCUGCGGACCUGACACCCAACCGGAUUGCGUACGAUUCGGUGGCUGCCCAGACAACAAGACUGGCUCAGGUCGACCCCGUCCGAUACCAGACGCCUCAGUUCGAUCUUUUGAGCGUGCCUCAGAAGCUGCUUUCGGAGGCAGAUUACAUGCAGCAGACCAUCACACUGCCAGAGAACGCCGUCGUCGCCGAUCGAGGCCUUUCUGCAACGCUGAUGCCCAAGUUCGAGCUCAGGCCAGGCACAAGACAAGCGCCGUUCGAGCCCGAGGUAGUCCGCAGAGACACUGCACCGGAAGUUUUGGAGCUGGCCAAGAUCGCCCACAAGACGGUAAAGGAGUCUCAAAAUGACUUUGAGCCGUGGCGCGCCCUCCUCCCCCACCCCAACACCGAGAUCACUACCCUCGGCACUGGCUCGGCGCUGCCUUCAAAGUACCGCAACGUCUCUGCUACGCUUGUUCGCGUCCCUGGGGUAGGCAACUACCUGUUCGACGCCGGCGAAAACACUCUCGGCCAGCUGCAGCGCGUCUUCCCGCCCGAAGAGCUCACCCUCGUCCUCAAAGACCUGCGCGCCAUCUGGAUCAGCCACCUGCACGCCGACCACCACCUCGGUACCGCCUCCGUGAUCAAGGCCUGGUACGCCAUCAAGCACGCCAGCAUCCCCAGAUCCUCGCUCCCCGCCGCCGCAACCGUCGCCAGGGAGGCCGGCGAGUAUGGCUUGUCGGUCAUAUCGCACGACGGCAUGCUGCAGUGGCUGCGCGAGUACUCCUCGAUCGAAGACUUUGGCUACUCCCGCAUCCUGCCUCUCGAGAUCUCGCCGCAGGUCAUCGGUCACAGCGGCAGCGUGCUGACCAUGAACGGUAAGUGCGCGCCAGGGGACCAACAUAUUGCCAAGCAACACUACACAGCGCUCUUUGGCUUCUCCGACAUACAGGCCGUCCGUGUCGCCCACUGCCACGGUGCAAUGGCGUGCAGCGUGCUCUUCCCACGCUCGCCCGAGGAUCCCAAGCACGUCAAGCCGCUGAAGAUUAGCUACUCUGGGGACUGUCGCCCGAGCCAGGCAUUUACCAAGAUCGGGAGAAACACAACCGUGCUGAUCCACGAGGCGACGUUCGACGACGAACUGGCAGGCGAUGCAAGGGCGAAGAAGCACUCCACCACGAGCGAGGCGUUGGGCAUUGGCGCGCAGAUGAAUGCCAUGGCCGUGGUGCUCACUCACUUUAGUCAGCGAUACCAGAAGAUCCCUGUUCUGCAGACUGUUCAGGACGGCGAAGCAGAGCAGUAUGACAUGGCUGCUGAAGACGCAGAGGAAGCAAACGACGUCGACGACCCGUCUGCAGGCGCAGACACAGGGAAUUCCGACAUUCGCCCUCCGCCCGGCGGGCCUGCCGCUCCUCAGCCCGCGAGCCUCGUCCGGCAUGUAUCUUCGCUCGCGGAGAACGAGCGCGUGAUCAAAGUCAGGAACAAGGACAUGAAGGUGGCCAUCGCAUUCGACUACAUGCGCGUCAAGCUCAGGGACAUUGUCGAGCUGGAGAAGUACAACGAGGCGCUGAAUGAGCUGUUGGUCAAGGAGGUCGCUGAGGAGGAAGGCGAUGGCCAGGAGGUCAAUGCGAAUGGGAAGCGGGCGUCGGAGGACGAGGAAGGCAAGGUGAAGAGCAAGAAGCAGAAGAAGAAAGAGAAACAAGUGGACAAGACGCAGAGGAAUAACUGAGCCGUGUUGAACAAAUAAAUAGAUGACGCACCGCACACCAAACAUGGCCAUCGAUCCUGUGCGUACUCCUUCGCGUCCUCGCGCUCAAUGGUGCCUUGAUAUCUUCAGGAAGGCGAGAAUAGCUGACAUCCUUGACAUCCGGAGCAGAAGUACAAGUGCCGCGGUCCAAACCGCAGAUAGGUCUGUUGAUGGCAUAUUGAUAUAUUUGCAGGAUUAGUCGCUCCUGAAUCUGUCUCCUCA